AUAAUGAGUACGAACAUUCCUUAGCACGUGACUUUUCGCGGCUUACGUCACUUCCUCUUUGCCGGUAUCGCUAGUGUACGCUGCUACCAACUAUAACAAAUGGCAUUAUUUCGGAAUAAGCUGUUGCACCUAGUGGCAACCAAGCAGGUGUUUGGCAGCUGCAGAUAUGCCACAGCACCAUCAUCAAGCCUGCGAGACGUGUUGGCCGCUCAGAUUCCGGAGAAACAAGAGGAGGUGAAGGCCUUCCGUAAGGAUCAUGGCAAGACCAAGGUCGGCGAGGUCACAGUGGACAUGAUGUACGGAGGUAUGAGAGGUAUCCGAGGCCUGGUGACGGAGACUUCUGUCCUUGACCCAGAUGAGGGUAUCCGUUUCCGUGGAUACAGUAUUCCUGAGUGCCAGAAACUCCUUCCCAGGGGUAAUGGAGGUACUGGCGAAGAGCCCCUACCAGAGGGUUUAUUUUGGCUGCUGGUAACUGGAGAGAUCCCCACACAGGAGCAGGCUGACAGUCUGUCAAAGGAGUGGAACGAGCGUGCUGCCAUCCCCAACCAUGUCAUACAGAUGCUGAACAACUUCCCCAGUAACCUCCACCCGAUGUCACAGUUCAGUGCUGCCAUCACAGCCCUAAACACAGAGAGCAAGUUUGCCAAGGCAUAUGCUGAUGGAGUGAAAAAGACAAAGUACUGGGAGUACACCUUUGAGGACUCCAUGGACCUGAUAGCAAAGCUGCCCACAGUUGCAGCAAUCAUCUACAGGAACCUGUACCGUGAAGGUUCGGCCGUCAGCCCCAUUGACAUGAAGAAAGACUGGAGCUGGAACAUGGCAGCCAUGCUGGGAUACGACAACCCAGACUUUGUGGAGCUCAUGAGGCUAUACCUUACCAUUCACAGUGACCAUGAGGGAGGCAACGUUAGCGCCCACACCACUCAUCUCGUCGGAAGUGCACUGUCUGACCCCUAUCUCAGCUUUGCUGCCGGUAUGAACGGACUGGCUGGACCCCUCCACGGACUUGCUAACCAGGAAGUGCUGAUUUGGCUGACGAAGGUGCGAGAACAGGUGGGAGAUGACAUCACAGAGGAACAGAUGAAGAAGUUUGUCUGGGACACACUCAAGUCUGGACAGGUUGUGCCAGGUUAUGGCCAUGCCGUGUUGAGGAAGACAGACCCCCGCUACACGUGCCAGCGGGAGUUUGCUCUGAAGAAGCUUCCCAAUGAUCCGAUGUUCCAGCUGGUCUCCAAGCUGUACAAGGUUGUGCCAGACAUUCUCCUGGCCCAGGGCAAGGCAGCUAACCCCUGGCCAAAUGUCGACGCACACAGCGGUGUACUGCUUCAGUACUAUGGCAUGACAGAGAUGAACUACUACACAGUGUUGUUUGGGGUGUCUCGAGCCUUGGGAUGCUGUGCUUCCCUCAUCUGGGACCGAGCAUUCGGGCUGCCCAUCGAGCGACCAAAGUCCUUCGACACACCACACUUGAAGAAACUUGCUACCAAAUCCGCAAACAAAUAGAUUAAAGAUUAGGAAGAAUUUAAAAUAAUAAUUUUAAAUCAGAAAAGGGUCGUUAUUGUGAACAAUUCUAUAUAAAUCAAUUUCAGAUAGCAUUUUUAAUGGUUCUUGGGGAAUGAAUUACAUCAAAUAUUCAUCCUCAUUGUGUUUGAAGUAUGCCUCAUAUCUUGUGUUACGCUUACAGCUAUCUUUAUUCUUAUAAAAUAUAUAAAAAUGGUCAAAUUUGCCUUCAUUUUUAUUCAACAAAUCUUAGUGUGAUGAAAAUUUAAAUGAUAGGCAAAUGAUGUAACUUGAAGGCCAUAUUAAAUAAAACACUUGUGAGUUAUGAACUCGAUGUGUUAUUAACAAAUUGUGCAACAGAUUUUUAACUCUGUUUUCAUGUUUGAACCAUUUUAUAUCACUAUUACUCGCACUAUAUUUAUUUUGGAAAUUUCUUUCUUAGUUUUGUUAAUUGCAAAUGAGCUACAUUUAUUUUGCCUAAAAGUGGGUGAGCUCUAGACAAAUGAUUAAUUGCACAUUUAAUUUAUAAAGAAUGUAAAUGUUUUUUUUCCUUUGUGAUUAUAUGCACAGAGUUUUGUUUAUAAAACUGAAGCUUUUCCACUUAUUUUUGUACAACAUCAUUGAGAUUUGUAUCUGUAAAUGUGCUUAAGUCUGCUUGUUGUUGUGUUAUGAGUCUAUAUGUAUAUAUGGAGAUAUCUUCUGGCUAUCUAGAACGUUCAAUCCUAACAUGUCUGUGCUCUGUUUUAACCGAGAUCUUCAGAUCAUUGUUACAUACUGGUAAUGUUGUAGAUUGUAAUAAAGCAAAAACUAUU